UACUUCUACGUACCAUUCACUGCCUUGUGAACCAUUAUGAUACUGUUUGUAUAUAAUUACACACGUUUAGUGUAACAAUACAAACUGGAUCGUUUUGGUAUACAGAGUACAUUAAAUCGUUCAACAUUAUUCAUGGAGUAUAUUUUAUAAUAAUAAAGCGAACAUUCAAGAUGUUUGACAUUUCAAUAAAACAUUUGUUACAAACAUGUUCAAUUGUUGUUUGUUUGUACUACUGCUGACCGAAAAAAAAAGCGAUCUUUUCAGCGUGAGAUAGGAGAACGAUAAAGCGACAAAAUGUCCACAUGUUCUAUUAAUCAACUCAUUUACAUCGCUCGUGCUCAUUGAAAACUUGUAAAACAUAUUUAAGAAAAAUAACCUAAGAGAGUGCGUGGCGGUAAGCAAACAAUCGGGUGGUAUAUGGUUUGUUUGUCGCGGCCCAGCCACCCGUUACACGCAGCGGUCCUACAACUUAAGACAGUAUUAAUUCACCAGUUUAUCGCAGGGCUGACUCGAAAUGGGCUAUCAAAGCCUUGGGACCAUCAGUUCAUCAUUCGCUUUCCGUCCUUUCACAGUUUUCUAUCAGUUGUUUUUUUCUUGUAUCACACGUGACCCACAGCUAAUGCAGCUUGCGCUGUUUUCCCUCUCCAAUCCAAGAGAAGUAACUCUGUCAAGAACGUGCGAAGACGUGCGCCUUUGAUGAGCUGGGGAAAGCCCGCAUUGGUUUGUUGAAAACUUGGAAUUAGCCAUCUCCCCGAGACUCUGUAUCCUGCAAUCUGUAGCAGCCAAUAUUCCAAUCUGAAGUUUCCGUAUGUCAAUUACUCGCCUCGACUAUUCGAUCGCGAGGCAUUCGCCGCGCAUCUAAAUUUAUUAUGCGGGAAGCGAACAGGGUACGAUCGUCGCUUUAGGCACCACCCAUCAGGCGACUCGCGAACCAAUCGGCCAAUCGGAGCCGAUCGGGCGGGACAAGAAAAAACAAAAAUUUGAAUGGAAAUCACUUUGAAUUACAAACGAUAACCAGGUUGCAUAUAUGCCAGGGGACAGUUUUACGGGGAUGACGCUUCAGGAUAGUGGAGUGAGCGUUGUGAACCACUGACGGGCCACUACAACAUUGCGGCAACAAAUCGCGCGUUUCGCCCUCAGCGCAAACAUACAUUGGGAACUAUUCCGCAAGUUGCAGUUUUUGUUGACAACAAACAAAUAAGUUUUUUAUCUUAUAUAAAGAAGUGAGCGACUGGGCGGCAGGGCUGCUGUGUGUUUCGCGGGAUUGUCGUUGUGAAAAGAUUUCCUGCGAGAUGUCAUUCAUUGCGCUCGAGUCCCAAGGAUGGCAGGAUCACCGCCGGUCAGACUUGGUGGCGAGCCAGGGACUCGGACAGCUGGUCAGUUCCAUCGGGGGGUCGGGCACGUUCUCGUCCGCCCCCCGCCUCUCCCACACACCCAACACGGACUUCCAGCCCCCCUACUUCCCCCCACCCUACAACCUGCCCCCGCAGCAGUCUGUGGACUUCCACCACCACGUGAACGCCGACCCCUAUUCGCACCUCAACUCGUUCCAGACCCCCCAGCACCACUACAACCACCAGCUGCACCACACCGACCGCAACGUCCUGCGUCACAGGGAGGAUGGCAUCCACAACAUGCACCCGGGGCUGCCGGGCGCCUACGACUCGAGACGAACGGACUACGGACAGAUCCGCCGCCCGGACGUGUUGAUGCACGGGGGGCCUCAUGGAUUGACGCUGGAGCAAGACCCCUCGUUGUUAAGUUUACACGGAGGAGGGGGGCUGCAGGUGCUGGAUGACGGAAGUCACGGCCUAGAUGAUACGUCCAACUAUAUAUCAGGGGACCCGAAUACUGUUAUCAGGAAAGCUGGUAUUAGACCGAAAAAUGAGCACAAUAAAGAUCUCGUGAUAUCUGGUAUGACGUCACCAAAUGACGUGUUCUGUUCCGUUCCUGGUAGACUAUCUCUGCUCAGUUCCACGUCUAAAUAUAAAGUGACAGUAGCAGAGGUUCAAAGAAGAUUGUCUCCCCCUGAAUGUCUCAACGCGUCGUUACUCGGCGGCGUACUCAGGAGGGCGAAGUCUAAGAACGGAGGUCGAUCUCUGAGAGACAAGUUAGAGAAGAUUGGUCUGAGUCUUCCUGCUGGGCGGAGGAAAGCUGCCAACGUCACUCUUCUGACGUCACUAGUUGAAGGUGAAUCUAUCAGACUUGCAAGGGAUUAUGGGUAUAUUACCGAAACGGAGUUUCCUGGUCGUCAAUGUGCGGAGUAUAACCUCAGACAGUAUGGCGACCCGAGCGAGACACACACUCGUAAAAACAUGCUGCUAGCCUCAAAACAAGUGUUAAAGGAACUGAUAGAUUUGUUAAAUCAGGACCGAUCGCCCCUGGGCAACACGAGACCUCAGCCGAUCUUAGAGCCUAACAUACAGAGACAUUUGACUCACUUCAGUUUAUUGACGCACGGAUUUGGCGCGCCCGCCAUGAUUGCGUCACUAACAGCGGUGCAGACGUACCUCAACGAAAUGUUGAAGCUUAUAGACAAAAAUUACCCACAGUCUCAAACGGCGCAAAUUAAUUCAGCCAAUCAGAUAGACUCUAACGGGAAACCUAAAAACGAGAAAGAUGAAAACAGAAGAGAAUAGUUAAAACGGUUUUUUCUUUCUUGAAAAGAAGGAAGUAACUUGAAAAAAUGGCCGACAGCUUGAAGUUCGUCUCUGACGUUUUCGGUUAAUAGAGAUAACGAUUACGACAUGCCGGAAGCUGGUCAACAUGUUGUUUGUGAAGGCCAUAAUCGGACAGGGAAAGUGUUCGCUCUGCGAAUGGACAAACUGACAAGCUGACCUAUUGGUGCACCAUUAAAACAUCCGAAAAUCGUUUCACUUCAUCCCUUCGCCCAUUAAUUGUUCCAUGUGUUUUCAUCUCCACCAAAAACAAUGAGAAGAUAUUUACGAAAGUGAUACGAGAAACCAACAACGGCAUAGAAUAUCGCCGAAGGAAAAAAAGAACUGUGCGUUACGUCACUUCCUUUAUUACAAAAAAAAACUUUGGGUGUGGUUGUAUCUUGAGAUUCUUACUUUUCCAUUUUCUUGAGUUUGGGAGAGGACGUCAUGAUCCUUUCCUCGCUAUCUGUCUCAAAUAUAACUAUGGAGGGUCUGUCAUGGCGAACUCGAGUUGUGUAACAAACGUUUCAUGAACCCUCACAUUUCCAUUUUUGUUGAAAACGAGAUUGAAAAGACAAUGUUGCUUGACGGGUACUUGACUUUGGGUGUGUACACGCAGUACAUUCCGCUUAGUGACAUGUUAUCAAUGAAUUUGUGUUCAGGCGACCAGAUGUAUAAAGUUUUGUGACACCCAGAUGUAUAAAGUUUUGUGACAUCCGGAUGAACUAGAUGAAUGUCUGCUGCUCGGGAGAGUGUCGUCUGCUUCGACUGGGCUGCGUGCUAUUUUUAUUUAUUCUAGUCCACAAAAAUCUACAUCCUCUCUUUCUACCAUUACAUGCGUGAAACAGUAGUAAGUCCAAGCCAGUAAAACAUUCUUCAACCAUGUUUGAGUGAAGCAAAAAAUUAUUACACAACAGUGUCAUUUUGUUUCUUGUUAUACAAGUAAAAUAUGACAUGACAGUGCUAUAAUUUUAUGGAAUUUAAUAUAUUAAUUUUAAAACAAAUAGUCUGCUUAAAGACCUAUUUAGAUCGAUAGACACGAGAUAAAUGUUUUACUUUAACCAAUUAAGCAUGUACAUUCAUAUUUUAGUUUCAAGAAGUCAGAUGAAUAAUUAAUCAACUUGUUAUGUUUUCCAGGAAACGUUCAGAUGUCAACGUUUGUUUUCUGCUACACUGGUUAUAUAUUUGCCUCGUACACAUUGUGCUAGCUCGAAUUUUCUGUCUCACUCAAACACUUCCUAGUACGUUUCCUUUACACAAAUACUAUUGUGUAUUUCUACAAUUGUAAACAACACUGUUCUUUGUCUAAGUAUUGUUCGAAACCUGUCCGUGCUGCAUAUUGUCUUAUAAAACUGCCGAUUCCCACGUGUAGAUUUACCAUGUUUCCACGAAGCAAAUAAACUUGGAUAAACUAGUA